GCUGAAUAAAUGUAAAUUUACAAAGAAUGUACAGCAUGAAAAUAGGCCACUCGGUCCAACCAGUCUUUGCAGCUGUUUAUAUUCCACAUGAGUCUGAAGCAACAGGUCAAGUUUAAAUUGGUGACCCACUGGGGGAGCAGCUUUCUCAUGCUCUUUUGCUGCCAAUUAAUUUUUUCUUCUCCUGUCCCCUUUUGAAGGCACAGUUCCGCAGUAUGUCAAUUGCCUGAUGAAGUAUGGUUAAUCUAUUCAGCCGGUCUCCCAGCAGUCAAUGCAUAGGGUCACAAUACAAAGGAGGUGUUUACGGAGGACAGACUUGAUGUAUUUUCAUCGUGUAAAACAUGGUGAGAAAUGUUUCGGAAAGGAAAGAAACGACACAGCAGUAGCAGCUCUCAAGGCAGUGAAAUCAGCACUAAGAGCAAGUCGGUAGACUCCAGUCUUGGUGGCCUUUCUAGAUCUAGUACUGUGGCUAGUCUUGACACAGACUCCACAAAGAGUUCAGGGCAGAGUAACAGCAAUUCUGACACCUGCACUGAAUUCCGGGUCAAGUAUUUGGGUUCUAUUGAAAGGUUAAAAGUUGGUCUAUGUGGAAAUCUUCAGGACGCACUCGAUUUGAUUAAUUACAUUGAUCUGGCCCAGCAAGAUGGAAAGCUACCCUUUACAGCAUCAGAAGAGGAGAUUUUUUUGUAUGUCUCGAAGUAUGGUAUCAAAGCUGAAUCCUCCGAUCAGUAUGAUGUUCUGCACCGGCACCCGUUGUAUUUGAUCGUGCGAAUGAUUUGUUACGAUGAUGGAUUGGGGAUGGGAAAAAGUCUUCUUGCUCUGAAAACUACAGAUGCAGAUCAAGACGAGUAUAGCAUCUGGCUUUAUCAGUGUAACAGCUUGGAACAAGCUCAAACCAUCUGCAAAGUUCUGUCCACUGCUUUUGAUUCAGCACUUUCAUCAGAGAAGUCCUGAUACUGUCUAUUGUUGGAUUAUAAUUCUGAAAAUGCAAACAGAAUUUUAUGUAAAGAUUCCUGCAUUUACUGUAUGUAGAAUCACUGGGUUAGAUUUGCAAGCUAAAUAGCUGUUACAAACCUGAGGUUGUUUGCUGUAAAAUGAGCAAUAAUUGCUAUUGCUAUUGAAUACUUUAUAGAUUUAAUAUUGCUUAAAUAAGAAACUUUGAAAUGUCUUGACUGAAUGGAUCUGAAAUGAUACAUCACUUUCCUUACAGUUCCAUAAAUAUAUUUUCACUUUGAUCCAAAUUUACUGUAUUUUCUCAUUGAAAAUGUAAUUAAACAAAUGUAUGAAACAUUAAAUAUUUCAUAUAGGGUUUUUCAGAAAAAGUUGGAUUAUGAAUUAACUGCAUUUCUCCAAUAACUUUGGUAUAAUGUUAUAAAGUAGAUCCAGUAUGUUAUUCAAUACAGCAUUAGUGCCUGCAGUAAUUGUCGGAAUAAUCUUAAUUGUAAAUACUGCUUGUCAAGUUAAAUAUAUUGUAUGAAUAUUGCAACAAGUUGAUGUUUUUAUUAAGUAAAAAGAGAUUGCCUUAUCUUUAA